AUGUCCAACAGCUCCAUCACCCAGUUCCUCCUCUUGUCAUUUGCAGACAGGAGGGAGCUGCAGCUGCUGCACUUUGGGCUCUUCCUGGGCAUCUACCUGGCUGCCCUCCUGGCCAAUGGCUUCAUCAUCACCGCCGUGGCCUGCGACCAUCGCCUCCACACCCCCAUGUACUUCUUCCUGCUCAACCUCUCCCUCCUUGACCUGGGCUCCAUCUCCACCAUUGUCCCUAAAGCCAUGGCCAGUUCCCUCUGGGACUCCAGGGCCAUUUCCUACAUGGGAUGUGCUGCACAGGUGUUUCUGUUUGUCUUUUUCAUGUCAGCAGAGUAUUUCCUCCUCACUGUCAUGUGCUACGACCGCUACCUUGCCAUCUGCAAGCCCCUGCACUAUGGGACCCUCCUGGGCAGCAGAGUUUGUGCCCACAUGGCAGCAGCUGCCUGGGGCUGUGGGUUUCUCUAUUCUCUCCUGCACACGGCCAGUACAUUUUCCCAACCCCUCUGCCAGGGCAAUGCUGUGGACCAGUUCUUCUGUGAAAUCUCCCAGAUCCUUCGAAUCUCUUGCUCUGAUACCUACCUCAGGGAGUUUCAACUCCUUGUGUUUAGUGCUUGUGUCUUUUGGGGGUGUUUUGUGUUCAUUGUUCUGUCCUACGUGCAGAUCUUCAGGGUGGUGCAGAGGAUCCCCUCUGAGCAGGGACGGCGCAAAGCCUUUUCCACCUGCCUCCCUCACCUGGCCGUGCUCUCCCUGUUUGUCAGCACUGCCACCUUUGCCUGCCUGAAGCCUCCCUCCAUCUCCUCCCCAUCCCUGGAUAUGGUGAUGGCAGUGCUGUACUCUGUGGUGCCUCCAGCAGUGAACCCCCUCAUCUACAGCAUCAGGAACCAGGAGCUCAAGGACUCUAUUAAGAAACUCCUUCAGCACUCAUGGCUGCAUCUGUCCCGCCCCACAGAGUUAUUUCUAUCCAAUUUGCCUACAUGUUCCCUAACACGAUCCUCCGCCACUCAGAUCAGCCUCGGGGACAGCCCUUGA